AUGUUCAAAGGAAGCAGCAACAAAAUGAAGGAGCACUCAUUUUAUGGAAACGCCAAUAAGCAGGAAUUGACUGACCAUCACCCGAAGAGCGCCAGCAACGUCAACAGCGUCAACGGCGUCUUCUAUAAUAACAUCAUUUCGAGGCAAGAAUUUAAUAAGGACUUCCUGCGAAGUGGGAACUUUCUGGAGGAAGAAAAUCUCAACGAGGGGAUGAGUGGCCUUUCCAAAGGGAGGAGUGGAAACAACAGCAUGGUGUACGUGAACAGCCAUGGGGAGAUAGUCCCCCUGGACUACAGCGGGGACGCCGCCCAUAGGGGUAUCAAUGGGCAGAAGUACAGCGGCCACGUUAACGGCCACGUUAACGGCCACGUUAGCAGCCACGUUAACGGCCAUGUUAGCAACCACGUUAACGACCACGUUAACGACCAUGUUAGCAAUCACGUUUCCGACCAUGUUAGCAGACCCAGCUUUAACGGAGGCAACGUCUUCAAAGAGAUUCCCCACAGCCAAGCUGAAUACAUACACGCGGACCUCUUUGGAGACCAAAGUAGCAUCCACAACAGCCCAAGUCUGAGCAACAGAUACCCCAUGAACAAACCACCUACUAACAACUGCAACGUCAGUGCCAACGAAAUAAUAAACAAGCGAUUAUUUAUCAAUAACCUCAUCGAAAUAAAGGAAAAACUUAACAACAUUAAAAGGGAGAGGCUGGAGUAUGAGAAGGAGGACGAAGCGAAGGAAGAGGAGGAGAAUAAUAAGUAUAUGGCCCAUUUAAAAAGUUACGAUAAAAUGAAAAACUCCUAUUCCUUGACGAAUCUAACAAAGAUGCAGGACAACAUUAUGAACAAGAUGAACGCCGAGGAGGAGAGAAAAAAAAUGCCUUACAAUAACUUUUUUGAGAAUGACGCUGCAGAUGUGAACUACCCCGGCGGUCGCCCCAGUCACCCAUCGCAGCAGAAGCAGCAGUAUGUCAAGUUCGAAAAAAGGAAAAGCGCCGAGCAGAGGGAUGAAGAGCGCAACUACGUGUUUUAUGACUUGAAGCAGUACCUGGGGGAGAACCACCGGCAGAAGGGCUACUCUGCGGUGAAUGGUAGCUAUGAGAGGAAGCAGGGAGAAAAGCUAAGCGAUCGGCUAGGAGAGAAACUGAAUGACCCUCUCCACGAUCGGAAGUACGAUAGAUACUUGGACCGAAAGAGCGACAAAUUGCACGAUCGGCAGUUCGAAAAAUUCUUUGUCAGGGAAGAAGACCAGGAAGAGGAGCAGAAGGGGAAGCAGCAAAAAGAAAAACAGCAAAGUUCGUACGAGCAUCUUCAGAAAAUGGAGAGAAGAGGAGUCAGCCGAGCUCACGAAAAUAUGAUGAUGAUGCUGGAACAGGAAAGUUUGCACAACGCUAUGCAGAAACUGCCAAGCGCUUCGAAAGUGCUUUAUACACACAAUUUGAAGGGCCUUAAGGUGAUUGAUAAUGUUAAGUGCUGUCCACCUGCAGAAGACGCCAAUGUCAAUGGGAAGAGAAACAUACCGACUAUGAUAUACUUGGGCGGGUCUUUUCCUUCCCCAGGAGUAGCCCCUAUUGGGGGGGAUCCAUGUGGCAACGUUUUUCACGAUAGGAACGCGUACGACGUGCGGACCAGUUUAUAUCUGAACAAGGGACUAAGAGAUGAAGAUAAUUUGAAGAAAAUGCUAAGCGCCACCACGAAGAAAGUUUUAAAUUGUGAGGAGCAGAACUAUCGGUUGCCGACUCUGAAGGGGCAUGAGCUGUACGAGAGUAAAAAGAACGGAGCAGGUGCAGGUUGCAUCCAAAAUGGAGCGAGUCCGGCCUUUAUCGAAAACGGAACAGGGGCACAGAUUUCAACGACAUCUAUGCCAUUAAAGAAUGAAACUGAAAAUUACGUGGGAAAAAAUUGCAGCUGUGCGAAUUAUGGUAAGAAGAAAGGAGUGGCCACUGCCGCUGCGGAAGCGGCAGUAGUAGGGGAGAGCAAUUGCGGAGGUCACCUCAAAAAGGGGACAGGCAAGAGCGAACAGAACGGGAAGAUGUCUGAACAAGUCAAGGGAAGCGGAGGCGGAGUCACCCCUGACGUGCUCGUGGAGAACCAUAAACGGGACAAAAACGUGUGCAGGAAAAACAGCGUAGCAUCUAUGAGCAACAACUUCAAUUUGAACGUGUCUGAAACAGACCUUAAUGGAAACAAAAACUCCAGCGAGAAGAGAAACUCCUAUGAUAACAACAACGGAGUGGCAAACUGCAACGGCAGAAACGGAAACAGCGGAAACAACGUAGACAAGACGGUGGCAUACUUUAAAGAAAACUGCCUAAGCAAUGAAAACGUGGUAUACGACGAGGAGAAAAAAAUCUUCAAAACAAAGGAAAACUGUAAUAUUAAAAUAUAUAGGAGAAGUCUAGAAAGGGAGAAGAUGCUGAACUUUCCUCUAAUCCAUUUGGGUGAAAAUGACGUUCUAGUGAAGAGGAUAAAAUUAUACUACCCCCUGAGGAAUGAAAAUAUAUUUACGAACAUUUCAAAGAUUAUUUUUAUGACCAACACGAACAUCUGCUCGUUGUAUCUUAGUGACACGUAUCUUAUUCAUUAUGACGAUGUUAAAAUUCAGUCAUACCUUUCUAAGGGAGGCUUUGGGGUUGUUUACAAAGGCGUCCUCUUGAGGAAUGUCAAAAAAUGCGAGCUGAUGUAUGGCGCUAGUGGGAAGUACAGGAAGAUGUUGUCAAACCAGAAGAGCUCCAAGGGGCUAGGCGGAGGUAGCGGAGUUGAUGAUGAGGCUGGAGGAAGAGCAGAGGGGAGAAGAAGCACACAUAGGCAGUUGAACCAGCAGGGGGAUGAUACUGAUGAUGAUGAAGAUGAGGAAGAAUACGGACAGGAGAAACACCUGGGAGAGCAGCGAGAUGACCUCCACGCGGGGGACGAGGACAACUACGUGGAUGGGGUGAAUCAGGACAGUUCCAGCAACUACGCAGAUAAUAACAAUAGCAACGUACAGGAUGGCGCAGAAUCGAAGGGAAACUCAGGCCAUGGCAGCGAACCAAAUGGAAGCACCCCUAAGAGUAGCAGCCCCCCCAAGGCAAGUUGCCCAAACAAGCAGUUCCCCAUGAAGAAGAAGAAAAGCCACAACAGCGAUAGCAGCAAGCUUAGUAGAAGCACCAAAAAAUUGUGUAAUCUGCGAAACCAGUUGAUAGAGAAAAUAUUCGACACGUUCAGGAACCCGAUCAGCUCCAACGGUGGUGGGAAUGGAAGUGGGAAUGGAAGUGGCACUGUUGGUGGUAAUGGCAUGAAUGGUGAGCACCCCGUCAGAGGCGCAGAAACAGGGCAGGUGCGGGAGAAACGGCCGGGCGAGGAAGAAGAAGACGCAGACGAAGAAGACGAAGAAAAAGAAAACAAUUAUGCCAUCGAGAAUAUUCUAAAAAGUUGGGAUAAGGCCAACCAGCAGCGGAAAAAGAAAGCGAGCAACCACGAGGAUUAUAACGUGAAGAAGGAGGCUGAGGGCAUGUUUCUGAGGAAGUACCACAAGUCGAGUAGCGGCAAUGUCCACGGAGGGGAAGGCGCGGAAGAUGACGAAGAGGGGGCAGCUGCUGAAGACGGGGCAGACGAAAAAAUGGACCUGAAAAAGGGAUCCAAUUGUAUACACGUACAGGAAAUAAGAAAGCUAAAGAAAAAAAUGCUUAACUUUAUUUACUCCAAAAAAACAAGUGACAAAAUAAUAAUUGACCGAGAUGAAUUUUUUAUCGAAGCGAAGAAAAUUCUUUAUAAGUUAAAAAUGCUGAACAACACGGAGCUGGGGAAAAAAUACCAUGAAGAGAUUAUUGUCUACUUGUUGAUGGACGUAUACCAUAAUAACGUGACGUACAAAAACACCCUCUCUUUCCUGUACGUUAAGAGCAACAAUAUAAUAACCUACGGAGUGAAUAAGGAAAGCCUCUAUAUAUUUGACAAUAAGAAUAUUUUCCACUACUACAGUGAUAAAUGUAUAUUCAAAAUUGUGUUUAUCGAUGAGCACAAGGAACUGAAGAAGUACCAGAGCCUGACCGUCUUCAAUGUGCUAAAUAAUGAAAGGAUGAUGAACAGCUCGUCUAUACUCAAGUACGAAAUUAAUAGGCAUAAGAAUGGGCUAAACAAAUUGGCCAUCAUUCCUUUUAGCAGGCUGAAUAUGAAUCAUCUUCUCAAUGCGCUAAUAUUUGGCUUUUUGAAAUUCCUUUUUAAUUUGAGGAAGAAAUAUCACAAGCAGCCGAAUAAUUGCUCCUGCUACCCAGAAGCGAAGGAGCUGAACAGCAACCCCAACGCAAACGGGUGGAACAGAACGGUGGAGCCAGAACAAGUCAACCAGGCCAGCGGCCCAAAUUAUAAUGCCCUUUUUUCCAACCUGAAGUGUUCCAACACGGAUGCGUGUGGUGGAGGUAGCGGUGCGGGUAGCGGUGGAGGCAACGACGGAGGCGCUCUCAAUUUUAAUAACGACGAUAGAGACUCCAUGAUCCUGCAGGAGAAAAUUAACAUGCUUGAUGAGUUCCUCUGCUGCAACUACGAGGAAAUCAGCACGGACUAUGCAGAAGGGAGAAUCAGGAUGAUGAGUGGGGGCAGCGGGAACAACGAGAGGAGUGACGAGACGGAGAAUAACAACGGGGCUGGCAGCGGCGCAGGAAGCGGUGGUGGAAGUGGCGGAACCGGCCAUGGCAGCAGCGGACGCAGCACUGGACGCAGCACCGGAAUUAGCAGUGGACUCAGCAACAAUAUGCACCGAUACGAGGCAGACAAGAUGGGAAGCACAAACAAGGCGAACAUGCACCUGAGCAGGAACGGCGCGGGAAGCAUCACCCUGCUGAACACCAACAAUACCGACGAGUCCAAAACUACCAUGUUCAUGAAUGGGUCCAGGAACAGAAACGCUUUUAAGGCGUAUGGCAACGAGCGGGAUUACAACUACUACGGUCAAAAGGUGAGCAAACGCGACGCGGAGCAGCAGCACCUGGAGGAUGUGGGCGCGGAAAACAGUGAUAAGGAGGAGGAAGGCAAAGAAGAAGCAGGCGAAAAGGAAGCAGACGAAGAAGAAACAGACGAAGGAGACGGAGAAGAAAGAGUUUCUCACUCCUCCCCUCGCGGGGGUAGGAAAGGAAAAGGUACAAGAGAAAAAGGAUUACCUGAGGUGAAAAAUGCCGCGAACAUGAGGGAGGCGAAAGCGGCGAGAGGUUCAAGAGGUAGGGUAGACACCAAAGGGGUUAAGAACGCCAAUGUGACAUCGUUAUCCGUGGAAGGGAAAAAGCUGAUGAAAAUGAAAUCAGGGGCGGAUGGGAAAGGCGUAAAGAAUGCAACAACUGCAGGCGUGAAGGAAGAAGCGGAUGAGGGGAGAAAUAUAAUGAACGAAUCAGGAAAAGGCGGAGUUGAAGAAACGUGCGAAGAGAGCGAAGAAGUGGUACAAGUAAAAAUCCCAGUUGCUAUAAAAAUACACGAUCUGAAAGACAGCAAAAAUUUAAAAAACUUUUUAAGAGAAAUUGAAAUAUAUAAAAAUAUUCAACGUCCAAAUAUUUGUACCUUCUAUGGAAUAUGCAUCAAAUCGAAUAAAUUAAUGUUGCUGUUGGAGUACUAUGCUAAGGGUAAUUUAUUUAAUUAUUUAAAAAAUAAAAAAAAAAUUCACAAGAAGCAGAGACUGGCGUGGGCAUCUGAAAUGUGUUAUAUUGUCCAUGGCCUCCAUGCACAUAACCCUCCUAUAGUUAAUGGAGACAUAAAAACUUCCAACGUUUUAAUUGACAACAAUAUGCACCUAGUUAUGUGCGAUUUUGGGAAAGCUCGAUUUAAGAAUUCAAAGCUUUACAGCAAUUUUGGCUCCUAUAGAUAUAUGGCCCCUGAAACGUUUAGCUGCACAUCGGAAGUGACAGAGAAGAUUGACAUAUGGAGCUUGGCAUGCUGCAUCGUUGAAAUAUUUUCGAGCAAAUACCCAUACCAUAAUUUAUCCAAGAAUGUAAAGAUCCGACAUGAGUUGCUGAUCAAUAAGAACACCCCACACAUUCCGAACUUUUUACCCAACUCGAUGAAGAAGUGCCUGGAGAGAUGCUUCAGCUUCACCCCUGAGGAGAGGCCCUGCGCUUACGAGAUGUACAAGUGUUUGAAGAAAAUUAAGGUAGUCGAGUGA